ACAUGUUGUUUUGCUCCACCAUCACGUCGCUUACUGGUUUUAUUCCUUCGCUGUUUCUUCUCUGAUCGGACGCAUUUAUGUGUGGCUGUAAUGGACUAGAAUAAAACGGGUUUAUUUCUGUUCUUUACUGUGAGUUUUUCUUUAUUUAUUUUUUUAAAGAGGAGAAAACAGAGUUAAAAGCGAAGCGGAGAGAAAUGGCAAGUCCUCCGGCGACGGGAGGACACCUGUUAUCUAAUGGGACGAAUGACGUGAAGAAGUGCGGAUACCUGAGGAAGCAGAAACACGGACACCGGCGCUUUUUCGUGCUCCGGGAGCCCACGGAGCGCUGCCCUGCACGGCUGGAGUAUUAUGAAAGCGAGAAGAAAUGGAGGAACAAGUCCGCCGCCAAGCGGGUCAUAACUUUGGACUCCUGUUUGUGCGUAAACAAGCGCGCAGACGCCAAACACAAACACCUCAUCGCCCUCUACACCAAGGACGAGUACUUCGCUGUUGCUGCAGACAGCGAGCAGGAGCAGGAGAGCUGGUUCAGGGUCUUGACUGAUUUAAUAGCAGAGGGGAAGGUCUUCGACAGUCCCGCGUCCACAUCCUCCUUAGUGGGCUUUGAAGAAACCAGCUAUGGACUCCUUUCUCCUGCAGCGGCUAACUAUAAGGAGGUUUGGCAGGUCAACUUGAAAUCCAAAGGUUUGGGUCAGAUCAAAAACCUGACCGGGGUGUACAGGCUGUGUUUAUCCAGCAGAAACAUCAGCUUCGUCAAACUUAACUCUGAAACUGCUGCUGUCAGUUUGCAGCUGAUGAACAUCAGGAGAUGUGGCCACUCAGACAGCUUCUUCUUCAUAGAGGUGGGCAGGUCGGCGGUGACCGGGCCGGGGGAGUUCUGGAUGCAGGCGGAGGACUCAGUGGUGGCGCAGAACAUCCAUGAGACCAUCCUGGAGGCCAUGAAGGCCAUGAAGGAGCUGUCCGAGUUCAGGCCCAGAAGCAAGAGCCAGUCAGCCAGUACUAACCCCAUCUCUGUGCCCAUGAGGCGCAACCUUAACAACCUCCCCCCAAGUCAGACCGGGCUGGUGAGGAGGUCCAGAACUGACAGCAUGGCCACCACAUCCCCAGGGAGGAAAUUUACUUCCUGUCGGAUAAGAACAUCCAGUGAGGGAGACGGGAGCGUGACCCGGCCAGUGUCCAUGUCCAUAUCCGUGAGUGGGAGCCCCACCAGUUCCAACUCCAGGGACCACGUCAGCAGACCCCACACCCUCAGCAGUGGGCGCACCUGCAGGAUGCUCGAGUUCAACUCCAACCUCCAUCAUAGCCGGUCCAUGCCGGUUUCAAACUCCCCUCCAGCAGCCUCCAGCCCAAUCAGCAUGUCCCCUAGAGGUGGGGGUGCCAUCUCCACCCCCGACAAAGCCAGACGUCCCUUCAGCUGUAGCGCCUCCAUUUCCGGUUCCCUUAGCGACACCGGCUUUAUGCUAUGCGAUGACUACAGCUCUAGCCCAGGAGAACCAAAGUUCCUCUCCCUGACCCGCAGCGACACCCCUGACUCCCUGUGCAGCACGCCCCCAUCUCGUGACACCAGCGACCCUUGUGGCUACAUGAUAAUGGAGGGCGCAAACGGCAUCAGGUCCGGGGGUGAGGUUUUGGCUUACAGGAAGCGCACACACUCCCUCACCACGCCACGACAGCAGAGGGUGGUGGCGCCCCUAUCCUCGGCUUCCUUGGAUGACUACACCAUGAUGAGGUUGGCCCACGGUCACAACUCCCACUCUGCCUCCCCCAAAGUGUGCUACCCCAAUGAUUAUGGAGACAUAGAAAUAGGUUCGUCCAGGAGCUCCAGCAGUAACCUUGGUGAUGACGGCUACAUGCCAAUGACACCAGGUGUCGCACCUCAAUCAGUCAAGGGAGACAACUACGUCCCCAUGAGCCCCAUGUGUGUCUCAGCUCCAAAGCAGAUUGUGAACCCCAGGGCGCACCCCCAGGCAGCCACUAAUGGUGGCUACAAAACCAACUCCCCCUGCAGCAGCUCGUUGGAGGACAAUGGCUACAUGAGGAUGUGGUGCGGCUCCAAAUCAUCCAUUGAAAGCCCUGAUAGACACGGCGAAUACAUGAACAUGUCGCCUGGAAACCCACCUCCUCUCCAGACGCCGCCUGACCACUACAUGGGGCUCAUCGCAGGUGAACCGACGUCGGUUCGGCCCGCCUAUCAAACCGGCUCCCUCACGCUGCCUGCCAAGUUUCAAUCCAAGAGUGAAGAAGCCGACCAGUACGUCUUGAUGAGCCCACAAAGUUUGAAGCCAAGGGUGGGGGAGUCGGAUUAUUACUCUGUGAUGCAAACGUCCCCCCUGAGCCCCUCGGCGUCAUCCACGGCCCGACAUAACCGAGCAGAGAGCCUGCCUUACAGGGGGAGACUAGGCCGUCCUAAUAGGCUAUCUCUGGACACCCUGAGGACACUCCCCAGCAUGAACGAGCACCCCCUCCCAGGGGAGCCCAGGAGCCCCGGUGAGUACAUCAACAUCGACUUCACCAGAAUGUCCCCGCCUUCUUUAGUUUCCACGGCAAGUAAGUCUUCAUCGCUGGGGUCCAGCGGCGGGGGUGCGGGAAGGCCAUCAUUGACGGACUACAUCAACCUGGAGCUGGGUUCACACUCGCCCAGAGAAGCUGACUCUCCUGCGGAGAGGUUGGACACGCUCCCAGAAUUAUCCUGCUCAGAGGAAGAUGGCGAGAAAAGCACCCAGCACCUCGAUGAUGAGGUGAAAAAUGACUACACUGAAAUGACAUUUGGGAUGACCAGCUCUCCCCCACAGUGUGUUCCACAACACUCAGGAAGCAGCCUGAGCAGCAGGGAGAGGCGACCCUCUCUGGAGGAUCAGAAUGUCCCAGAAAACAUCAGUGUCUUCCUCCUUGGGGCCUCCUCCUCCUCCAUGGUGGACCCAGAUUGCUCUGCCAAGGUCAUCCGAGCCAAUCCGCAGGGACGCCGGCGCCACAGCUCGGAAACCUUCUCCUCCACCGCCACCGUGACCCCAGUCUUUCCCUCCUUUGCCCACAGUGAAAAUGUGAAAAGGCCCAGCUCAGUGGAAAACAUCUCAUCCAGGAGCAGCGAGGGUUCGGACGAGGAGUGUGACAGCCCCGUGAACCGACAGAGCUCAGCCGGCUACCCCAACGGACUGAACUACAUCGCCUUGAACCUGCUGGACAAAAGGGAUGUAGAGAAAUGUGGAGACCUGGUCGGCUUCAAACGCACCAGUAGCUGCAAAGGGGGCAUCAAUGGAUUACACAGUACGCCGUAUGUCUGUCUGGGGUUCAAGGAGGCUGCAACCACUGCCAAAGACUGAAGGACUCAUCCGUCCUCGUAUAUGGCAUCUUGACUCAACUGCUGCUCAAGAAAGAAAACAAAAAUGAAACAACUCAGCCCCAAAAGACUGUAAAUGCAUUACAGGGGCUUUACACUUACACACACACACACACACACACACACAGCAAACAAGCAGGUCGCCGUCUAUGCAUGUAGGAAUCCAGGACAAGUGUGUUUGUGUGUGCAUAGGUGGAUGUGUGUUGCUACGUCUCACGUUCCCUGCACUUUGAGAGGCCAUUUCUCCUGUGACCCAAAUUUUGGCACAAGCACAGACGCAAAGAUAGUCAGACAAUAACGAAGCUCUCAUGGUACCAGAUACUAUUUAUUUACUUGAGGGUAGUUUUAUGUCUGUGUGUGAAUGUAUGAGUGUGUUUCUGAGACGAAAUACGAGCAACUGGUAUGCCAGUGAACAAUGAAACCUGCUACAUGGCUUACAGGGAGGAUACCAAGGUACACUGAGUAUAAAUAUAUAUAUUUAGAUUAGAUAUUUUAUUUAUUUUUGGAUGUUGAAUGUUGGGUAAAAUUUAACCAAUGCCUUAAUGUGUAUACUGUCCUUAUGUUUUGUAUUAAAUAAGAGGUAAAUAUUCUAUUAUGAUAUGUUUGUUUGGACCUCCAUCUAUAUUGUUAUUUUCUGGUGGAAACAAAUUGCCUAGUUUACCAUUAAUUAUAUAUUAUUUCAGAAAUGUACAGAGACAGUGGGGCUGCUCGAGAUCUGAUUUAUUCUAAUGAUAUUGAAUUAUUUUCUUAAUAAUUUCUUAAUAACUCCAACCCAGUUUAUUUAUUUGUCCAGUUGAAAGCGUUGGCUUUGCUAAAGUAUAUUUCUAAAUGUCUAUAUGAAUUAUGCAUAUCUUUAUAACUCAGCUCAGACCCUACAACACCAGGCACUGUACCUCCCACAGUUCCUCAGUCACUUUAGCCUGAAGACCUCACACACUCCUACCUGCAAACCUACGGCCUGUUCAGCUCGACACAGGCCGCCCUGCUGUGAUAUUGUUGACUGUACAACUCUCUAGUUGAGGUGAUAAUGGAGGGGUAGAACCAACCAAAAUGGUGAAUGUUGGGGCAUGGUUUGGGCAGUUAGGGGUUGAAGUAAAGGAGGAGAAAUAAGGUUGUGCUACAUGGAAAAAGUAAUGCAGGAAGGGCUUACAGCCACAUCUGGCACCAUUAUGGAAGGUCACUGAAGAAUCGUUGAUCUGGAAAUAAAAACUACACGACAGACAGCAUAAAAACUAGUUGAGAAAAUUAUAUAAUAUUAGACUUUAAAUCAAGUAUCUAUAGUACCACGAAAUGUGCAGUAUAAUUAUGUAACAGUUCUGGGAUGAUGCACAUAGAGAGGUAGAAGUGAGAAGACUUGACCUCAUGUAUUUUACAACAGUAUCUUGCUGAAGUUAGCUAACGUCACAACCAUUAGCCAAAAGCUAAGACCAAGUAAAAGAACAGAAAAACUUUGGACUUUAAAAAGUGUGGCCGAGAUUUUUAGUUAAUGGCCCAUAAAUGCUAAAGCUAAUGUAGCAUAAAACUAGUAGGCCAAUUUGGAAAGGAAAUAUAUUCAUAAGAAUUUUACUAAUGCUAGCUAACAGUAGUAGUAGUAGUAUGCUUACUGCUAAGACUAGCUAGUAUUAGCUAAUAUUAGCUUCAGUUCAUUUAGCUACUGGUUAUACCAGUAAACAUUCAGAUUGUGUCUAUUAAUUUAAUCUAGAGUUAAAUGUGUUGUCAUUUAGUAGUUAUAAGGUUCUGUUGUAAUUUAAAGAAGUUAAACUAAAACAAUUUAAUUGAACGUUUGAAAAACUGCAUCUUGACUGUGGUUUUUGUGCCGUCCACUGUGCCGACUCCAACUGGCUCACAGCCCCUUUAGUGUACAGUAGACUGUAAAACUGUAAAUGUCUGAAUGUAUCGCUGAGCUGGUGGAAACACAGCUAAUUUAAAAUGACAAGUUUUAAGUAAUAUUGGAGCUGUACCACACUAAGUUAUAUCUAUUUAUCUUCAGAGUUUUGAGUGUGUACAUUGUGUAUAUAUUUCAAAUAAAAUAUACUGAAAGAAAUCUAUUGGAUUUACAUAGAGUACGUAGAUUUGAGCUAGGUUCAAAUGAUAUUCCCGUGUAAAGACUUUGGCUACAGAUUUAUUAAAGGGGAUGUUUUCUUUUGCUUUUGGGGUGUACAGUGAAUUAUAUGCUUUUCUCCCUCACAGUCUCUGUGAUUAUAUAUAAAUAAAAAAUGUUUAUUUUAAUAUAGAAAUCUCUUUGCCUUGUUGACACAAUUUACCUAAUGGCAUAUGCAAUAGUGACAUGAAUAAAAUCUAGUUUACAACUGUGGAACCAAAUGUAACAUUGCAUUGAUUUUUGGUUUUUGCUAAAUAGGAGCUGUGUUUGCUCCUUGUACAUUUCUCUUUCUGCCAAGGGUUUUGUUUUUCAUUGCUGAGAACUUUGUUCUGGAUAUGUGUUAAAGCUCUUUUCCCAUCUGUGUUAAUGGGCAGAUUGUUCUUUGCUGAUUGCUGUUGGAUUGAGUCAGUCUGAAUGUGUUGUUGUCUUCCAUUGUACAUAACUCAACAUAUUGUUUAUUGUGAUGCUCACAGCAGAUAAUUAUGAUUUCUAAAUUCUGGUAGUCAAGUCUUGCUUUUGUCUGUAUUAAUUAUGGGUAGCAAACAAAAGAAAUAAAUUUAUUUAAACAGUUA